UCCAAUGUCAUAUUUACAGACAAUUCUCAGUCCGUGAAUCAUGUCAUUUCUCAGAUCCCUCCUCGUCACGUGCAUGGUGACAGCGAGCACGUGCAGAUUACCGUUUGACUGGUGCUCCUCACCUCAGUGGGAGGCGCUUCAGGGAACACUGCGAGGAGUUUUCAAGGAUGACAUUCCCCACAUGGAAGCGAGCAACUUGAAGAUAUCGUACGACCUGAACCACUCGAAAAUAGCGACCACACAACUCCAAGACGGAGAUUCUCCUGAAGUCAAGAAGAUCUAUGAUUACACACAGAAAACGCUGUACGUCAUUGAAAAUAACGCCUGUAGAAGAGUGUUGCUGAAUGAAACUUUCAGAAAAGCCUGCAUCCCCCGUGAGUUCGUGUGCUUGUUUAAAGAGAGCGGAUGUGUAAUAGCGAAUCUCACCGUUAAGACUUGUGUAUCCUUUAACCGUGCCAGGAUCAGUUAG